AUGGCAUCUCUACCAACUCGACAAUUAGGCAAGAAUGGACCCUACGUAUCAGCCAUUGGUUUUGGAGCAAUGGGUCUCUCGGCAUUCUAUGGAAAUAUUAACUCUGAUGAAGAACGAUUCAAAGUUCUUGACCGAACGAUCGAACUUGGCAGUACCUACAUUGACAGUGCAGAUAUCUAUGGUGACAGCGAAGAACUGCUUGGAAAAUAUUUUAAGAAAUAUCCACAUCAACGUAAAAAAGUAUUUUUGGCAACGAAAUUCGCCAUUUGUGUUCUUCCUGAUGGUACACGUUCCGUUCGAGGUAAUGCUCAAUAUGUUCGAGACGCAUGUGCAAAAAGUUUACAACGUCUCGGUUUGGAUUCAGUCGAUUUGUACUACGUGCAUCGCAUCGAUCAAAAUGUUCCGAUUGAAGAGACGAUGGGGGCAUUGAAAGAACUUGUCCAAGCCGGCAAAAUCAAAUACAUUGGUUUGUCCGAAUGUUCAAGUGACACACUUCGACGCGCUUAUGCUGUUCAUCCAAUUUCGGCUGUUCAAAUUGAAUAUUCACCAUUCAGCCUGGAUAUUGAGCAUGAAGAUAUUGGUGUUCUGAAAACUUGUCGAGAACUCGGCGUGGCUAUCGUUUGUUAUUCACCAUUAGGUCGUGGUCUUCUUACUGGACAAAUCAAAAGUCCUGAUGAUCUUGAAGAAAAUGAUUUUCGAAAACUUCUGCCACGAUUCUCCAAAGAAAACUUUGAUAAAAAUCUUCAGUUGGUCGACACAUUGACAUCAUUAGCCAAGAAGAAAGGUUGCACAACUGGCCAAUUGACACUUGCUUGGGUCCUUGCUCAAGGUGACGACUUCAUUCCAAUUCCAGGUACAACUAAAAUUAAGAAUUUGGAAGAAAAUGUUGCAGCUGCACAGAUUCAAUUGAGCAAGGAUGAAAUUAAUGAAAUUCGACAAGCUUGCAUGAAAGCGGAUAUAGCUGGUGAACGCUAUCCAAAACAGAUGUCUGCAAGUCUCUUUGGUGAUUCGGCACCGAAAAAGAACUAG